AUGCGUAGUAGUCCAAUAAUCAACUUGUUAAACAGGAAAAUGAGCUCCGUAGCACUGCCAAAAAUACAGAAGGCAAUUAUUAUCGAUGGUGUCAGCGACGGUUAUGAUGUUAUCAAAUAUAAGGAUAUCGCUACACCUACAAUCCAAACACCAAACGAUAUAAUCAUCAAAAACAAAUAUGCUGGUGUCAACUAUAUCGAAUCGUAUUUUCGUAAAGGUAUCUAUCCAUGUGCAUUACCAGCUAUCUUAGGAAGAGAAGCUUCUGGGGUAGUCGUAGAUAAGGGAACUAACAUCAAGAAUUUCGAAAUUGGUGAUAAGGUUGCUUACAUAGGCAAUUGUUCCAUGGCACAAUUCACUAAAAUCGACAAUUCAAUGAUUAUGAAAUUGAGCAGUGAUUCAACUAAUGAAGACCUAAAAUUAUAUGCAGCUGGAAUUCUGCAAGGACUGACUGCUUUAAGUUUUGUUACAGAGGCAUAUGAAGUCAAAAAGGGUGAUUAUAUAUUAGUUUAUGCUGCCGCUGGUGGUGCUGGUUUGAUAUUCGAUCAGCUGAUUAAGGCAAGAGGUGCACAUGUUAUUGCUGUUUGUUCCUCUGACGAAAAGUUGCAAUUAGCCAAGGAAAAUGGAGCUGAAUAUUUGAUCAAUUCUAAAACUGAUGAUAUCUUGACCAAAGUUAUGGAGAUCACAGACAAUAAAGGUGUCCAAGCUGCAUUUGAUUCCGUUGGGAAAGAUACUUUUCAUACUACUUUGGCUGCGCUGAAAAACAAGGGAACUUUUGUUUCUUUUGGUAAUGCCUCUGGUCCAGUCCCUCCAAUUAAAAUCAGUUUGUUAACUCCAAAGAAUAUCAAACUUUUAAGACCUAGUUUAUAUGCAUACACCAAGGAUCCAGAAGAUUGGAACAAAUACACUACUGAAUUAUUCUCAUUAAUACAAACUGGCGCUUUAAAAAUCAAGAUAAAUGACGCUGUAUCACUUGAAAAAUACGCUGAGCUUGCCAAGAAAUUAGAAAGCAGAUCUACAACUGGUAAAUUUGUGUUAGAAAUCCCACAGUAA